AUGCGCUUCGCGUUGUUCCUGCUGCUGUUGCCGCUGCUACAGCACGCCAGCCUUGCCAUCGAUCCAACCUGCAGCGCGGCGACCAACCUAACCCGCGAGGCGCUUGCCUACCUGUCCGCCCUCCCCACGCGCGGGUCCGCCUCGUCGCACCGGUUGGGCACGUCGCUGCCGCUCGGCUCGUUCCGCGCGUCCUCGCCGGGGAACGCGCGCCGCGUCGCAGUAGCCGCGGCCGUCGCGGACGCGUGGGACGCGUACGCGGCGGCGGCAUGGGGCCGCGACGAGUUGCUGCCGCUGUCGAACGCCGGGGCCGACACGUUUGCGGAGGGGCUCGGCACGACCAUCGUUGACUCGCUCUCCACGCUGUACAUCCUCGGCGGGCUGGACGGACGGUAUGAGGCCGCGCGGGCGUGGGUGCUGGAGAGCCUGGACUUUGGGAAGGUUGGCAGGGUUGUAGUGUUUGAGACGGUGAUCAGGAUCCUGGGGGGGCUGGUGAGCAUCUACCACCUGUCAGGCGACGAGAUGUACCUCUUCAAGGCAGAGGAGCUUGGAGCAAGGCUGGCGGCGGGGUUUGAAACGCCGAGCGGUUUGCCGUGGCCAAGGUGCUAUUUGAACGAAACGGGAAGGUGCGAGCGGCACCGGCACAUGGAUGACGCGCUGUACCUUGCGGAGGUCGGGUCGGUGCAGCUGGAGUAUCGGGCGCUGUCGCAUCAUUCUAAGCAUCCGCUGUGCAAAAAGAUGCGGGGGGUGACGGAGCGGAUUAUCGACAAGCUGCAAACAGCGCGGUCGAGCGCGGUGCGGAUGAGCGGGCGGCAUGCUGUGCUGCUGCCGUACGCGAUGUUAAGGACGACUGGGAUGUACUGCACGAAUAUGGUGACGGCCGGGGCGCCGGCGGAUUCGUACUUUGAGUAUUUGGUCAAGGUGUGGGUGCAAGGGGGGAAGAAGGAGAAAGUGUAUUGGGAACUGUUUGCGCGCGUAGUGGAUAGUAUGGUAGAGAUCGGGUCGUACACGUCGCGGUACGGGGACACUAUCAUGCGGGACAUGCUGCCGUCGAGCGAUGACAAGGUGCACUUCUCGCACAAGAUGGACCACUUUGCGUGCUACAUCCCUGGGAUGAUCGUGCUUGGGCUGGACGGCCUCCGGGCGGAGGAGACGGAGAGGAGGGCACGGUGGGUGAUGUUUGCAGAAAACAUCACGGAGACGUGCUACAAGAUGUACGCGAAGAGCCCGUCGGGGCUUGCGGGGGAGCACAUCCGGCUGAACCAGGAGGAUAAGUGGAAGAUGUCCGGCGGGUACCAGCUGCGGCCGGAGGCCGUGGAGGCUUUCUUUUACAUGUGGAGAUUGACAAAGAAGGACAAGUACCGCGAGUAUGCGUGGACGGUGUUCGAGAGGAUUCAGCAGCACUGCAAGGUGGAGGGAGGCGGGUAUGCGGCGCUCCGCACGGCGAAAUCGAGACAUCCGAAGAAGGAGGAUGUGAUGCACUCGUUCCUGAUCUCGGAGACGUUCAAGUAUCUGUACCUGAUCUUUGGGGAUGAUGAAAAGGAGCUGCCGCUCGAUAAGUGGGUGUUCAACACGGAGGCUCACCCGCUGCUUGUGACGCCCGGGCUGUCGGAGGGGGUAGAAGAAGGGGAACGGAGGGAAGUGGCGGCGGAGAGUGGGCACGAUGAAUUGUAG